AAAUAAACAGUUCAACGUGAGUUUACGAAUUCAUUACAACUAAUUUGAUGAUAAAGGAUGGGGAAAAAGAAAGAUUCUAGAAGUAAAUUUGCUGCAGCAAUUGAUCCGCGUUUCACUGGUAUUUUUAAAGACCCAAGCAAAGAGAAUGACAUAUCUCGAAAUGGAAGUAUUUCUCAAGAAAAGCAAGCCUCAGAUAAUGAUAAAGGUUUUCGAGAUUUUCUAUCCAAAAAGCUUUUUGAAUAUUUAGAAAGCAAUAUAAAAGAAGUUGAGGUACCUCAGGAGAAAGAUGAUUUUAUUCAAUUUGAAAUUGAUGAUGUGAGGUUGUUACCGGGCUUUCCAGUUUUAUCCGAAGAUCAAUUAAUCACUUCUGUAGAGACAGCUCCACCAAAGAAGAAACGUAAAAAAGAAAAGAGAGAUGAAAAGGAUCUUUUCAAGCAAGUAGCUGUGACAGCAGAUUUCAUUAAACAACAAGCAAAGAUAUUUAAUUCUUGAUACGUACUGUGAUAUUUGCAUUGUAAAUUUAUCUUAUUUCAUUUGUUGUAUGUUUAUAUACAUAAAAAAUAUUUAUAAAUUUA